UUCAGACCAGAUGGACCAAAUCGGACCAACACACAGCGUCACCGCCCAUUCCCUCUCUUUUGCUCAGUAAGGCGUCGAUCUCUCUCUCUUACCGUCAAGGACCACCGCUAAUCCUGUUGAAAGAAGCGAUUUCCGGCAAGUUCUUCCUAUAAGUCGGUUCUUUUUGUGAUUGCAACAGAACAUAUCAACACACAGUUUUGAAGCUCUUCCAUUGCUGUGAUCAAAGGAAUUAACAGAGAUGCAGACUGAGAAUAGCCAGCAGCAAAAACAGCCACCAUCAGCUGUCACUUCAUGCCGAAAGAAGAAAAAUGAGGAAGCUACUUUUAUGGAAGAUUUGAAGGAGCAUAUUGAUGAGUUCAUUCAUGCAUCAAUGGAUGAGCACAAGACUUGCUUUAAGAAAACCAUGCAAAAGAUGUUUGGAAUGUCAAAGAUUGUUGCAGAGAGGAGUGCUGAUGCUCAACAAGUCGAAAGUUCUCUGCCCCUCCGCACUAUGGUGUCUGACUAGAAUAAUCUUCCCUUUCUUGUAGGUAACUCAACUUCUAGUUUUUGAACGUUAUGGUUUUGGUUUAACAUGUCGUUAAACAAUAAGCAAGUUGGUUGAAUUAUUUCUCCGACUAGAUUUCAGGUGAAUGGACCUUAUAAUUAUGCAGGCAUGAUUUUUUUUUUUUUUUUUUCCUGUAAAAAGAUUUUCAUUGAAUCUGAUCAUGAAGGAUUGAAAACAUUCAGUUGAUAGAGGAAAAGGUUUAUUGCA